GGUGGCAUGGAGAGGACCCUUAUUUGUCUGAUAGUCAUCUUUUUGGGGACAACAGCGCAUAAAUCAAACCCCCAAAGGCCAGAUCGUCUCAUGAUUAGACUUUAUCACCUUAUAGAUAAUGUUGAACAGCUGAAAAAUUAUGUGAAUGACUUGGAUCCUGAACUUCUGCCUGCUCCACAAGAUGUAAAGGGACACUGUGAGCAGUCAGCUUUUUCCUGUUUUCAGAAGACCAAACUUAAGCCAACAAAUGCAGGAAACAAUAAAACAAUAAUCAACGACUUAAUUAAACAGCUGAAGAGAAAGCUACCUGCAACAAAGGCAGGGAGAAGACAGAAACACAGAGUUACAUGUCCUUCCUGUGAUUCUUAUGAGAAAAAACCACCCAAAGAAUUCCUAGAAAGACUGAAAUCACUUCUCCAAAAGAUGGUUCAUCAGCAUCUUUCUUAGAACACAUGGGGCCUGAAGAUUCCUAAGGACCUGAUAUGCUACUGGACACUAUUUGACACUCUCUAACGCAAGAGUGAAAGUUACUUCCUUGGUAUCUGAGUGGAAAAGUAUACAAUAUAUUAAUGAUGGAAAAGCUCUUAGAAGUAUCCAGAUCAAGAUUAUUUUCACCAAAUUACUAUAGCAACACUCCAGUUCAAUGCACAAACUCCAUGUUGGUCAACGUGGAAUGAUU